AUGGCUGAGCUGGUGGAUUUUACAGAUGAUGACAGUGCUGCGAUGGAUCUUGACAGCGAGAUUUUACAUGCACGUGAAUCAUUGCAAACAGGUCCACAAGAUGUACAGGACCAAGUUGCUCAUCUCAACAUCCUCGCAAAUUUACUUGAACAAAAGUAUGAGUGGACGAGAGAGCCACCAAUUCUAGAGGAACUUGUUUCAAUUUCUCGCAAAAUUGUUGAGCUUACUGCCACUUCCACACCGAAUGAAGUCAGAGCGGCAGCUUUCGGAAAACUGGGUUCACGGCUUGGUCAACGAUUUUCUCGUCUCGGCCAAUUGUCAGACCUCGAGGAGGCCGUUGAUUUCAGUCGUAAAGCAACCAAACACUCCUCUGGUACUCGGAGAUCUCCCUGGCUCAAUAACUUGAGUAAUCGUCUUGCCAUGAGAUUCCACCGUAUUGGAGCGUUCGAGGAUCUCCAAGAAGCUGUGGCUACCUCACUGCAGGCCAUUGAGUCAACCCCAGCAGACGACCCAGACAUGGCCAACUGGCAAGGGAACUAUGCCAGCCACCUUUCGGUACGGCACUCCUUCACGGGAAAUAUGGACGAUCUUAACGAGUCUCUUAGACUCGGCCUUGAGGCGAUAAAGGGAAGUCAAGAUAGUCCAGAUCAACCGAAAUGGUUGCACAAUCACGGCCAGAACCUUGGCAAGAAAUAUCUCGCCACCGGAACAAUCUCCGACUUGGACGACGCCGUUUCGUUCGCUCGCCAGGCGGUUGAAGCGACCCCGGAGACAAGCCCCGAGCGAACAGAAUGGGCCAACAGUCUUAGUCUUCAGCUGAAGAAACGUUACCUUCACAUUGGGGCGAUGGCAGACAUCACUGAAGCUAUCACUGUUCUCGAGGAGGCCAUCGAAGGUACCCCAGCGGAUGACCCCUAUCGGGUGAUACUUCUUCACAGUCUCGCCAACUGUCUUGGGCACAAGCAUGUUCGUUCGGGAGCGAAAAACGACCUUCAGAAUGCCAUAUCUAUAGCCCGCCAAGCAAAAAGGGCUUUACCCAAGGAACACCGGGAUCGCCCAGUCAUUCUUAACACAUUGAGCUCACUUUUAAGUGUCAGAUAUUGUCGACGGGGAGGUCUCCGUACCAUUGAAGACGCUACAAAUGCUGCACUCGAAGCCGUGGAGUGGACUGAGGAAGGCCAUCCAGAUCGGGCCAGGUGGCUGUGCACCUACGGGCGACAACUGGCACAUAAAUCCAAGCAGUAUUUUCAGCUGGUGGGCGAGAUGCCAGUUCUACCUGGUAGCUUUACUGAGAUUGGUAAAAAGGCGGCAGCUAGGAUGAACAAAAUAGCUCAUGACUGCAUCGAUAAGGCUGUCGACGUGACGCGUCAGGCCAUUGAUAGUCUGCCUCCAGGGCAUUCCGAUAUACCUAUUCUCAAGGCCGACCUCGGUAAUCGAUUAAAUGAGCGGUCGGUUCUUACCGGUACAUCUAAUGAUAUCCAGGAGGCCUGCGAAUGUUUUCGUUUCGCUCUGUAUUCCCCACGUUCGAGCGUAAGAAUCAGAUUGUCAGCCGGGAAGGAUCUUCUAUCUAUCGCAUUGAAGGUUUAUGAAGCCAAAACGGUUUUCGAAAUCGCACAAUACGUUGUUGACCUCAUUCCCUUGCUGGUCCCGAACUCUCUGCGCAGUGGAGACAAACAUUAUCUCCUCGUCGAUAUCGAAGGGAUCGCCUCUCUCGCGGCGGCAGUUGCAUUGAAUGCGGGUCAGAAACCGCUCGUCGCUAUUAGCCUUCUCGAAGCAGGACGUGCGGUCUUGGAAAGCUCUCUCCGAGACUUACGUACUGACUUGGCCGUGUUGGAGAAGAAGCAUCCUCAACUUGCACACGACUUUGUUCAUCUUCGCGAGACACUGGAUAGCGCAGCUCGUAUGGACGACCAUGACGCUACUACAAACGGGAGUCAUAUAUCUGACGAGAGGAUGGACCAGCGCUGCGUGGCAGAACAAAAAAUGUCUGACCUAGUCAGAGAGAUCCGAAAACAGACAGGGUUCGAGAAUUUCCUUUUGCCGGCUUCGGAAUCCCAACUGCUUCUAGCAGCCUCAAAUGGACCCGUUGUGAUGGUAAACGUAAGUCCACUCCGCUGCGACGCCCUAAUCAUCCUUAAAGACGGUUUUCAACACAUCGAGCUCCCCAAGCUGCACUUGACGGACAUUAUUGGCCACAAACACCAACGUGACUCGAUAAGCACUUUAGAGUGGUUAUGGGAUAACCUGGUGGAGCAAGUUCUCGAUGAGCUUGGGUACACUGAGCCACCCUCUGCAGACAAGCCUUGUGCCUGGCCUUGCAUCUGGUGGAUUCCUACGGGCCAACUGGUUUCCUUUCCAAUUCACGCAGCAGGAUAUCACACAGAAAUUUCCGGAUUCCAGUCAGCAAUCGACAGAGUCAUUUCUUCGUAUUCAUCGUCGGUCAAGUCCUUGAUCCAUGUCCAAAGUUAUCAGCUUCCAGUUCCAGAAAUCACAACCGGGCCGAUAUCACCUAGAAAGAUCGUCUUGGUUUCUAUGGAAGAUACACCCGGCGACCUAAGGGAUCUCCAAUACGCAGCCCAAGAGGUUCUAAUGGUCGACAAGAUCUGUCGAUCCAGUUCGAUGAAUCUGACCACUAUUUGGCCAGAUCCACACCGGCAAUCUGUUCUCUCGGCGCUCACAGACUGCUUCAUCUUUCAUUUUGCAGGCCAUGGUUAUGCUAAGAAAAGCAAUCCUCUAGACAGCUUGAUUUUACUCGAAGAUUGGAUAACAAAUCCACUGACAGUAGAAACGCUUAUUGACACAAACUUGGUAUCUACACCGCCGUUUCUUGCUUACCUCUCCGCCUGUGGGACUGGGCAAGUUCGACAGGAAGAAUCACUAGACGAGGGGAUGCAUUUGUCUGGCGCUUUCCAGCUGGCAGGAUUCCGGCAUGUAAUUGGCACGCUAUGGGAGGUGAACGAUAGGCUGUGUGUUGAUGUCGCGAGUAAGAUCUAUGAGCAUCUGCGUAACCACGGGAUCAAUGACGAAAGUGUGAGAGCGGCAUUGCACCAUACCGUCAGACAGCUCCGAUACGACUGGAUUCAGGGUGAAGGAGACACUACUCGCGACGCAAGAUUCGGAGAUCCACCUUUGGCAGAAUCUGACGACGAGUGGAAAGGGUACAACUCCGAGGAUUCUACCUCGAGUUCUUCUACGUCCAUGAGCGAUGAUUCGGAAGAGUCCGAGUAUGAUUCAGAAGAUUACAGAGCUGAGGAGAUACUCAUGAGCAUGUUCAAUCGGAAGCCGGCACGAUCACUCGAGGAUGAAGAGGGAUCUGACGAGGAAUCUGACGGAUCGUGGGAAUCGGAAUCUGGAGAGUCAAGUGUUGAUGACUCCGGCGGAAUUGCUGUUCAAGCGACAAUAGAUGUUGAUCCAGACGGGGGCCAAAGCGGCACGGAACAAGAUGGGAUGGCUGCAGUCAAGAGGGACAUAGGGGCUGAGGGUCCUCCUGGAGAUAGACGAAAUCCUCUACAGUGGAUUCAAUAUGUGCAUUAUGGCGCUUGA